AACCGCGUUUCGCUUAGUACUUCUUUUGAGUUUAACAAGAAAAGGUGUAAUAAGUAUACAGUACUUGCUGUAAACAAGAGUAGAAGGUACGGUGGAUGUACCGACUAGCUAUUAAGUGAAAAUAUAUUGAAGUGAAAUUUAAAGAAAAAAUUAAAAUAAAAAAAAUAAAAAAAAACUCAUAAAAAUAUAUAGAAACCUCCUCCUCCCUUUGUCAUCAUCAACAGACUAACAAAAACCCUCCAACCCUUCUCACGAGUCUCUUAUUCUGUUAUACGAUAACUGAUUUUAAUUUUCAACUAGUACACUGCACCCAAAUCGUAUCACAAAAAUGAUUUCUUCACUGAGGAAAGGAACACUACACUCUUGGAGUGGACUUAUUCAACCUUCAAUAUCUCACUUCCAGAAACGGUUCUUUGCAAAUGAGCCGCUGCAAAAAGUCAAAGAGAUUGCCUUGAACGCAAAGAGAAUGCAGCGUAUGGCACCAAAGUACGAUCUUGGUGCUACGGUAUCCGUUCGACGAAGUCUGUCGCAGACAUUUUCACAACUAGAGGCUUUAUGUGCCAGAAACAAUGUCCGGCGACAGUUUUACGCACAACGAUUUUACGAAAAACCAACUGCUAGACGUUCUCGUUUACGCAGUGAAAGACAUCGUGCUCGUUUCCGAGCCGGUAUCAUUCGUCUUGUAAAAAUGGCGAAGGAGCUGCGAAAAUGGGGGCUUUGAGAGUAUGAAAGGUAUAUUUUUAUUGUGUUUUCACUGUUUGUAAUGAUAUUCUCCAAAUCUUAUGUAAUGUAACUUUUCGAUUUCAUUUGGGCCCGAUAAAUUCAGUAAUUCAAAAACUUAAGAAGAAGCUACUAACGAAAAAUGAGCGCACUCGACAAAUAUAUGACUUUAGUGAUAGCAAAGACACUUACUGCACGUACUAAAUACCAUUUUCGUCUUUGAUAUUGUCAUUUACUA